ACUGAAAUAACAAAUUUUUGGCGAGGACAGUUUGUUGUAGUUGUGGCCUUAUCCACCCUGGCACUAGUCGACCUCACAUUGGCUGGUCAUGCCCAUAGCUUUGCCCAUUUCCAUGGACCAGUUGAGGGACCAGGUCAUGAGAUCACUGUCCACGAUAAGCAUGGACACCAUACUUAUGAUUACGUCGCUCAUCCCAAAUAUGAAUUUUCUUAUGGCGUGGAGGAUCAUCAUACCGGAGAUUAUCAUGGUCAGAAGGAACAACGCGAUGGUAAGCACGUGACUGGUGAAUAUACAAUAAAAGAGCCAGGCGGUAAUGUGCGUACAGUCAAGUACCACGCAGAUCCCCAUGGAGGAUUUUUUGCUCAUGUGCAUAACAGUGGUGGAAAUGAUCACUCUGGUGGUACUUAUGGUGGUCACGGUCAUGAGUACAAUGCUCAUGACAACUAUUGAACACUAUUGAAACAUCCAUCAUAUAAGAGAC